GGGCGUAAACGCGUUGGUGUGACAACCCAAUCGGCGUAAUGAUGACCUCGGUGCUGUCGGCGUCCUGUCAAAGACAAGAGACAGAGGUGGGACGCCGGGGAUGGAGUGCAUGAAAUUAACAAUAUUCGGAAACCGAUUAUCGCCGGUGUGAACGAACGAAUUCCAGACUACGCUGUAAAUGUCCGAGAAACCGAGAGCCCGGCAUGAGGAAAGCAACCAGGCCAGUGGUAGGCGUCUCCAAAGCCACAGCCGCAGUCACCAAGGCCCAGACCGUUGAGAAAGUCAAGCCCGAGGGCGUCACCACCACCAUGGGCACAGCCGGCAAGAUUACAGCCAAGACCUCUGCCACCGCGCCACUGUCUAAGGCGAAGAGCAAUGAUGACCUUCCAUCAGUAACAACAGCAGGCAGUGGAGCCUCUGCUGGGAGCAGCACUAUUCCCAAGGCGAAGAAGACUAGCUCUGUCCACUCUUCAAACUCCUCUACUACAGGUACCAGCAACCCAGAGGGCAAGACAAAGACCAACUCCGGCAAGCGUGGGACCUCCUCUGUGGUGAAGGAGCUUGGUUCAUCCCGGGAGGGACUGCGGGAACGCUCCAGAACUUGCACCACCAGCAGGAAGCUCUCCGGACCCUCCGAUGCCUUGUCACCGCCCAAGAGAGUCCGCUGCCGGACUGUGACUGAAUCUGAGUCCCGUAUGAGCAAGUCCAGGUCGAACGGGCAGCUCAGCGACAAGACUGUCCUGGAGAGCAGGGUGAAGGACCUGCUGGGUCUGGCCGAGAGCAAAGACGUGGAGAUCCUCCACCUGCGCACAGAGCUCCGGGGCAUCCGUGUCCAGCUAGGCCUGCCCGAGGAGGAGGAAGAGGAUGGGGGGAGCAGAGCCAGAGAGGAAGGCGAGGGAGAGGAGACUGCUGAGGUUAAGCCUCCACAGGACCAGUCGAAGGAAGCCCCUACUCCUCUCAUCUCUGCAGACGUGGAAUCCACCCUGCUUUUGCUACAGGACCAGAACCAGGGGAUCCGUGGAGAGCUGAACAUGCUGAAGAGUGAGAACCGCAUGCUGAAGGACCGGCUCAACGCCCUGGGCUUCUCCCUGGAGCAGAGGCUGGACAGCCCCCUAAAGACCCUGCAAGGCCCCUGCCUUAGCUCGGAUCUUCCCCCAGCCCGCGAUGGCAGUUAUGGAGAUGGAGGGUGCCCACGGGCCUCUUUUUUACAUGAGGUCUCCCCUCACAGCUCUGCCUGCGGCUCUACUGAAGACCUACUUGACCCCCGGCGAGUCAUCUCCCCUGAGGCGGCCGACAGCGAAUGCAGCGAAGCCUACCAGCCAAUCACCUCCAGCGAUGAUGCCCUGGACGCCCCCUCUGGUUCUGCCUCUGCCUGCGGCUCCUCCUCCGAGUCAGAGGGCGGGCCACCGAGUCACGGCGAACGCUCCCGUAGAGGCAGUAGUGGCAACACCAGCGAGGUGUCGGUGGCCUGUCUAACGGAGCGCAUUCACCAGAUGGAAGAGAACCAGCACUGCACCUCUGAGGAGCUCCAGGCCACACUACAGGAGUUGGCUGAUCUGCAGCAGAUUACCCAGGAACUAAGCACAGAGAACGAGCGACUGGGCGAGGAGCGGACCAUCCUAGUGGAUUCCCUGUGCCAGCAGGGCGACCGGCUGGAGCUUUACUGCCGGCAGAUUGACUACUCCCGUGGCCUGCUGGAUGAGCACCGCGUGGCGUACGCCCCGGCCGACGAGGAGGACACUAAGAGCGGGCGCUACCUGGAGCUGGAGCGCCGCUACGUGGACCUGACGCAGGGCGCCCACUUCGAGAGGGAGCAGCUGCUGGGGGUGCAGCAGCACCUGAGCGGGGCGCUGAAAAUGGCAGAGCAGGACAACGCCGAGGCCCAGGGCCUCAUCUCAGCGCUGAAGGAACGGGUGCACGUGGCAGAGCGGCAGGCUGAUAUGGAGCGCAGGGAAAGAGCGAUGGCGGCCGCAGAGCUGGAGGCCAUGAGGGAGGCGGCUGGGGGGGAGCAGGCGGAGCUGGCUCGGUGCAGAGUCCAGCUGGAGCAGGAGAGGCUGAGGGUGGCUGAGCUCUACUCCAUCCACAAUGCCGGGGACAAGACGGACAUCCGCCACCUGCUGGAGAGCGAGAGGAGGGACAAGGAGAGGGCAGAGGCUGAGUCUGUUCAGCUGCAGGAGGACCUGGACCACACCCACGACGAGGCCGCCAGGCUACAGGACGGCAUCCGCAAGCUGGAGGAGGACUUCCGUGCGUUCCGUGGCGAGGUGCAGAAGCAGUUGGCUGAGCAGAAGCGGGCCCUGGCCCAGCAGUGUUCUGAGCUGGAGGAAAGGGACACAGAGGUCUCUGACAUGAAGGAGACCAUUUUUGAGCUGGAGGACGAGGUGGAGCAACACCGAGCCCUCAAACUCCACGAUAACCUCAUGAUCACAGACCUGGAGAACUCCGUCAAAAAACUACAGGACCAAAAACAUGACAUGGAGCGCGAGAUGAAGAUUCUGCAUCGAAAGCUACGGGAGGAGUCUAUGGAGUGGCGUCAGUUCCAGGCCGACCUGCAGACGGCGGUGGUCAUCGCCAACGACAUCAAGUCCGAGGCUCAGGAGGAGAUCGGGGACCUGCGGCGCCGCCUACUGGACACGCAGGAGAAGAACGAGAAGAUGAGCAAAGAGCUGGAGGAGCUCAAGAAGCAGGAUGAAGAGAGGGGCAGGGUGUAUAACUACAUGAAUGCAGUUGAGAGGGACCUAGCUGCCCUGAGGCAGGGCAUGGGUCUCAGCCGACUCUCCUCUACCUCCUCUGAGCCCUCUCCAACCGUUAAGACCCUCAUCAAAAACUUUGACAACGCCUCCACUGCAGGCCCUGUCCCAACCUCCCCCACAGCAGUCGUGCCAGCAGUUACCACGAUGGUUGCCCGUACACCCCUCAGCCCCAGUCCUCUGAAAACCCCACCUGCUGCUGCUAUCUCUCCCAUACAGAGGCACACUGCGUCGACCCCCAAACCCCUGUCCUCCAUGGUGGAUAAAAGGUCCAGCUUCACAGACCUCAAUAUGCCAGCAGAUCACCUGUUCCGGGCCUCCUCUGGGACCCGCACCCCAUCUGCCCUUCAGAGGGUCCCCAACAUGGACUCCUCCUCCAAGUCCCUCUCAGUGUCUCGCAGGAGCAGUGAGGAGCUGAAGAGAGACAUGUCUUCCUUAGAGAACACCUCCUCCCCUGCAGCCUCCUCCCCCACCGCCUCAGUCCCCCCCUCCACAAGGGGACGCUUACGGGAGGGGAGAAAAGACGCCCUGUCUGCACUGGCCAGGGAGUACGGGGGAUCCAAGAGGAACGCCCUGCUCAAGUGGUGUCAGAAGAAGACUGAAGGAUACCAGAACAUUGACAUCACCAACUUCAGCAGCAGCUGGAACGACGGGCUGGCCUUCUGUGCUGUUCUCCACACCUACCUGCCUGCCCACAUCCCCUACCUGGAGCUCUCCAGCCAGGACAAGAAGGAGAAUUUCACACUGGCUUUCCAGGCCGCGGAAAGUGUCGGGAUCAAGUCCACGUUGGUAGGUGUCCGAGCUAAAAGUGUCGGGAUCAAGUCCACGUUGGACAUUGGACAGAUGGUGUACACAGAGAGACCUGACUGGCAGAGUGUGAUGACCUACGUCACGGCCAUCUACAAGUACUUUGAGACGUGACCCGUCUUCAAGCCUGAACACCUCGCUGCCCCGCACACCCCAGACCACAUUUCCAGCCAUUUCCAGGCUGUCAUCAUAACACUGGACGACCUUAGAGCAACAUCGGCUAAUGCUACCUGCAAAGACUUCUGGGACACCGAGUUGUACAUUUUAAGAGCUAUCACUUAACUCCAUCCAGUAUGUUCCAUGUGUACGAUGCAGUGUUCUACAAAUUCUUUGCUUGGGACAUGUGGUUUCUCAGCUAGACUGAAACCCUCCAAGACUAUGUUCUGGAUAGACCGAGGCCCUGGGUAUUGGACAAUGUGUUGACCAGGCCCCCCCAUCUGUUGUUCAAAUUCCCUUGGAUCAGCGACUUCCUGUAUACUCAAAGUCUUUUGACCUCUUGACCCCAGCCCUAUGUGAACUCUGCGCUGUCUGCAGUAGCCUAUAAUAACACCAUGAUCACCUCCAACACUACACUUCAAGUUUGGAUUUGGAAUACUGCAGAGAACAGGACUGCGUUUUUAAAAUUUGGUUUGCCCAUUUUGUCCGAGCAAUGACUUUAAUGGCAAGUUUGCCUUUUACCUGAUAGAGGGUCCAGCUUAACUGUCACGGUAGGUGUUGUGUAUUGUUUUAGCUGGUUGCUUUGUUGUGAUAUAUAUAUAUAUAUAUUCCAAAGAGAUAAUGUACAAGUUUGUCCAGAUGAUAUCUUGAACUUCACAAUAAUCAGUGCCAUGUUAGUCUCUUGUUUGUCAUAAUUGGCCAAUACAAUAAGCAUUGACCAAUCAAUCGCAUUGAAGUCGUUUACACCAUUUUACAUUUUGUAAUUUUUUUUCUCAGUCUAGCAGUCUGUGUCCAAACUCUGCUAAACUGAUGGUUGGCCAUCAUGGCCGGUCUCUGGGUGUAUAGUGAGGUCAGUUGCCCUGUAGCACACCAAUCCAUAAAUAGGCUGAACAACGCAAGGAGCUGACCUGAUAAGCUAACAGUUUUGUCAUUACGGUAAAGGCACCCCUUACCGUCCCACAAAUCCUCACUGGUUUCAAAGCACAACGAGGGGAGGGGAGGCUCUUUACUCAAAUGGAAUGUGUUUAAACCUUCAUCAAUGCCAUGAAAAACACUUUGAAGGUUUCAACGGGUGAUUCCUCAUGAAACCAGGACAAAAAAAAUAGAUUUUGGGGAUUUUCAUGACAUGUGUUCCAUAGAAUGGUCCUUUGGAGGAUUGUUGACAUACAGUGCCUUUGGAAAGUAUUCAGACCCCUUCACUUUUUCCACAUUUUGGUAGGUUACAGCCUAAUUCUAAAAUGGAUUUAAAUAGUUGUUUUUUUCUACACACAAUACUCCAUAAUUACAAUGCAAAAGCUGGUUUUGUAGAAGUUUUUGCUAGUUUAUUAAAAAUAAAAACUGAUCACAUUUACAGAAGUAUUCAGACCUUUACUCAGUACUUUGUUGAAGUACGUUUGGCAGCGAUUACAACCUCUAGUCUUCUUGGGUAUGACGCGACAAGCUUGGCACACCUGUAUUUGGGGAGUUUCUCCCAUUCUUCUCUGCAGAUCCUCUCAAGCUCUGUCAGGUUGGAUGGGGAGCGUUGCUGCACAGCUAUUUUCAGGUCUCUCCAGAGAUGUUAGAUCGGGUUCAAGUCCGGGCUCUGGCUGGGCCAUCCAAUGACAUUCAGAGACUUGUCCCGAAGCCACUCCUGCGUUGUCUUGGCUGUGUGCUUAGGGUCAUUGUCCUGUUGGAAGGUGAACCGUUGCCGCAGUCUGAGGUCCUGAGCGCUCUGGAGCAGGUUUUCAUCAAGGAUCUCUCUGUGCUUCGCUCCGUUCAUCUUUGCCUCUGUCCUGACUAGUCUCCCAGUCCCUGCCGCGGAAAAACAUCCCCACAACAUGGUAUAGAGAUGGUGCCAGGUGCCAGGUUUCCUCCAGACGUGACACUUGCAUUCAGGCCAAAGAGUUCAAUCUUGAUUUCAUCAGACCAUAGAAUCUUGUUUCCUUUUAGGUGCCUUUUGACGAACUCCAAGUGGGCUGUCGUGUGCUUUUUACUGAGGAGUGGCUUCCGUCUGGCCACUCUACCAUCUUCACAGAGGAACUCUUGGGCUCUGUCAGAGUGACCAUUGGGUUCUUCGUCACCUCCCUGACCAAGGCCCUUCUCCCCCGAUUGCUCAGUUUAGCGCUAGGAUGAGGCUUGUUGGUUCCAAACUUCUUCCAUUUUUAAGAAUGAUCGAGGUCACUGUUCUUGGGGACCAGAAAUGUUUUUGUAACUUUCCCUAGAUUUGUGCCCUGAUUACAAUCAUGUCUCGGAGCUCUACGGACAAUUCCCUCGACCUCAUGGCUUGGUGUUUGCUUUGACAUGCACUGUCACCUGUGGGACCUUAUAUUGUGUUCAAUCAAUUGAAUUUACCACAGAUGGACUCCAAUCAAGUUGUAGAAACAUCUCAAGGAUAAUCAAUGGAAACAGGAUGCACCUGAGCUUAAUUUCGAGUCUCGUAGCAAAGGGUCUGAAUACUUAUGUAAAGGAAGGUAUUUCUGUUGGUAUUUUUGAUAAAUUAGCAAAAAAAGUCUAAACUUGUUUUUGCUUUGUCAUUAUGGGAUAUUGUGUGUAGAUUUUUUUAUUUAAUUUAAUUUUAUAAAGGCUGUAACAUAACAAAAUGUUGACGUCAAGGGGUCUGAAUACUUUAUGAAGACACUGUGUCAUUUAGCAUCUAAAAGCAUAAUUGACAAAUAUUUCUGGCAUGUUUGCCUUACCCAGGCCUCUAAGACUCCAUGAUGUUUUAUCUGUAGGUGCUACAAAGCAAACAUUUGUCAUAUGAAGCUUUACUUACUGCUUGCUCUGUAAUAUGAGUAGUAUUUUGAAUUCAAUCAUUUCUUACAUUAUUUAUGAAUAUUGAAAAAUAUAAACAUGAAAAUAUAAAAAAUGUGAUUUUACCUGGGCAUAUCAAAGUCCCAGAGUGGGAUCGCUGCUGCUUUUAGAGUUGCAGGAUGUUCAAUGAUACAAGUAAAAGGAGGGCUGUGAUUGGUUAUAUUGCCCGCUAUGCCAAUUUCUCUGUUUUAAAAUGGGCCAUUACAUUUUUAUUUUUGUUUUAUAUUCAUUAAAUUAAGAAAAUUGUUAUUGAAAUCAAAACACAUUUCAGAGCAAGCUGUAGUUUUUUAGAUAUUUUUUAAAACAAACACGGACAACGCUGGGCCAAUUGUGCGCCGGCCUAUGGGACUCCCAAUCACGGCCCGUUGUGAUAGUGGGAAAGCUUUAUUUGUGUCACAUAUGAAACAUUAUGGAGUCUUAAAAGAGGCCUGCCUGGGUAAGGCUAAAAUGCCAACUUUGAUAAAUGAUUUCUCGAUUAUAGUUUUAGAAUACAUUUCAUGAAAAUCCCCCCAAAAUCAUGGUAGCUUUUUGUUCUGGUUUCGUGAGGAAUUACCCCAAAAACAUUUGGUAUCGUACACAGUAAAUCUCUUUCCUCCAGCACAGCGAAAUCAAAUUAGCUAGGUAUGUUCCCAUGCAUUGGGAAAGCGUACAAUCUUCAAUUGUUUUGAGGUUGGAAAGUAUACAACUGUGUGUGUUUGUAUUUUACAUACACCUUAGCCAAAUACAUUUAAAAUCAGUUUUUCACAAUUCCUGACACUUAAUCCUUGUAAAAAGUCCCUGUCUUAGGUCAGUUAGGAUCACCACUCUAUUUUAAGAAUGUGAAAUGUCAGAAUAAUAGUAUAGAAAUUUUAUUUCAGCUUUUAUUUCUUUCAUCACAUUCCCAGUGGGUCAGAAGUUUACAUACACUCAAUUAGUAUUUGGUAGCAUUGCUUUAAAUUGUUUAACUUGGAUCAAACGUUUUGGGUAGCCUUCCACAAGCUUCCCACAAUAAGUUGGGUGAAUUUUGGCCCAUUCCUCCUGAGUUGGUGUAACUGAGUCAGGUUUGUAGGCCUCCUUUAUUGUGAUGCCAUCUAUUUUGUGAAGUGCACCAGUCCCUCCUGCAGCAAAGCACCCCCAUGUUUGAUGCUGCCACCCCCGUGCUUCAUGGUUGGGAUGGUGUUCUUCAGCAUGCAAGCCUCCCCCUUUUUUCUCCAAACAUAACAAUGGUCAUUAUGGCCAAACAGUUCUAUUUUUGAUUCACCAGACCAGAGGACAUUUCUCCAAAAAGUACAAUCUUUGUCCCUAUGUGCAGUUGGAAACUGUAGUCUGGCUUUUUUAUGGCGGUUUCCUCCAGCAUCUUCACAAGGUCCUUUUGCUGUUGUUCUGGGAUUGAUUUGCACUUUUCGUUCAUCUCUAGGAGACAGAACGCGUCUCCUUCCUGAGCGGUAUGACAGCUGCGUGGUCCCAUGGUGUUUAUACUUGCGUUCUAUUGUUUGUAAAGCUGAACGUGGUACAUUCAGGUACCACCAUUUGGAAAUUGCUCCCAAGGAUGAACCAGACUUGUGGAGGUCUACCAUUAUUUUUCUGAGGUCUUGGCUGAUUUCUUUUGAUUUUCCCAUGAUGUCAAGCAAAGAGGCACUGAGUUUGAUGGUACACCUCUAAUUGAUUAAUGUCAAUUAGCCUAUCAGAAGCUUCUAAAGCCAUGACAUAAUUUUCUGGAAUUUGCCCAAGCUGUUUAAAGGCACAGUCAACUUAGUGUAUGUAAACUUCUGACCCAUUGGAAUUGUGAUACAGUCAAUUAUAAGUGAAAUCUGUCUAAAUAAUUGUUAGAAAAAUAACUUUUGUCAUACAUAAAGUAGAUGUCCUAACCGACUUGCCAAAACGAUAGUUUGUUAACAAGACAUAUUUUUUAUUUUUUUUUGGUUGAAAAAUGAGUUUUAAUGACACACUUAGUUUGGAAUGUGAACUUCUGACUUCAAGUGUGAGUGUGAGAGAACUUAUGAGUGGUGUUUUUGGUACAUUCCAAUAGUCUCCUUAUCCUAAGAUUCCAUGUGAAUAAUUCACAACAUUCUGUUGUUGCUCAUAAAGGCGUCUGAUAAGGAUGCCUGACAUGCCUCUGCUAAGAUGAGCUACACUCAUUGAAUAGGUACUGGUCAUUGCAAGGAUUCAAGGAUAAUAUAUUUAUAUAUAUAUAUUAGUUACCAGUCAAAAGUUUGGACACACCUACUCAUUCAAGGUUUAUUUAUUUGUACUAUUUUCUACAUUGUAGAAUAAUAGUGGUCAAAAUAGCCCUUACACAGCCUGGAGGUGUGUUGGGUCAUUGUCCUGUUGAAAAACAAAUUCUAGUCCCACUAAGCGCAAACCAGAUGGGAAGGCGUAUCGCUGCAGAACGUUGUGAUAGCUGGUUAAUCAAAUCAAAUGUAUUUAUAUAGCUUUUCUUACAUCAGCUGAUAUAUCAAAGUGCUGUACAGAAACCCAGCUUAAAACCCCAAACAGCAAGCAAUGCAGGUGUAGAAGCACGGUGGCUAGGGAAAAACUCCUUAGAAAGACCAAAACAUAGAGAGGAACCAGGCUUAUAAGGGGUGGCCAGUCCUCUUCUUGCUGUGGCAGGUGGAGAUUAUAACAGAACAUGGCCAAGAUGUUCAAAUGUUCAUAAAUGACCAGCAUGGUCAAAUAAUAACAAUCACAGUAGUUGUCAAGGGUGCAACAAAUCAGCACCUCAGGCUAUGAAAAGUUAACUGACACUUACUCCUAUCUCUACUGCUCCUGCUGUCUCCAGAGAGUUGAAAACAGCAGGUCUGGGACAGGUAGCACGUCCGGUGAACAGGUCAGGGUUCCAUAGCCGCAGGCAGAACAGUAAGUUUUUCUUGAAUCUAAAAUAAUCACAACAGGGUCACCAGCAAAGCACCAUUACACCUCCUCCAUCAUGCUUCAAAGGUACACCUGUUAAUUGAAUUGCAUUCCAGCUGACUAGCUCAUUAAGUUGGUUGAGAGAAUGCCAAGGGUCUGAAAAGCUGUCAUUAAGGCAAAGUGUGGCAACUUUGAAGAAUCUCAAAUAUAAAAUGUGUUUUGAUUUGUUUAACAUUUUUGUUUGUUACCCUAACCCAAAUAAAGAAAAACCCUUGAAUGAGUAGGUGUGUCCAAACCUUUGACUGGUAGUGUGUAUAUACAGUGGGGCAAAAAAGGUAUUUAGUCAGCCACCAAUUGUGCAUUGUGCACUGAUAAUCUCCCUCGAUCUGGGGCUCCAUGCAAGAUCUCACCCCGUGGGGUCAAAAUGAUCACAAGAACAGUGAGCAAAAAUCCCAGAACCACACGGGGGGACCUAGUGAAUGACCUGCAGAGAGCUGGGACCAAAGUAACAAAGCCUACCAUCAGUAACACACUACGCCACCAGGGAGUCAUCCUGCAGUGCCAGACGUGUCCCCCUGCUUAAGCCAGUACAUGUCCAGGCCCGUCUGAAGUUUGCUAGAGAGCAUUUGGAUGAUCCAGAAGAAGGUUGGGAGAAUGGCAUAUGGUCAGAUGAAACUAAAAUAUAACGUUUUGGUAAAAACUCAACUUGUUGUGUUUGGAGGACAAAGAAUGCUGAGUUGCAUCCAAAGAACACCAUACCUACUGUGAAGCAUGGGGGUGGAAACAUCAUGCUUUGGGGCUAUUUUUCUGCAAAGGGACCAGGAUGACUGAUCCGUGUAAAGGAAAGAAUGAAUGGGGCCAUGUAUCGUGAGAUUUUGAGUGAAAACCUCCUUCCAUCAGCAAGGGCAUUGAAGAUGAAACGCGGCCGGGUCUUUCAGCAUGACAAUGAUCCCAAACACACCGCCCGGGCAACGAAGGAGUGGCUUCGUAAGAAGCAUUUCAAGGUCCUGGAGUGGCCUAGCCAGUCUCCAGAUCUCAACCCCAUAGAAAAUCAUUGGAGGGAGUUGAAAGUCUGUGUUUCCCAGCAACAGCCCCAAAACAUCACUGCUCUAGAGGAGAUCUGCAUGGAGGAAUGAGCCAAAAUACCAGCAACAGUGUGUUAACCUUGUGAAGACUUACAGAAAACAUUUGACCCCUGUCAUUGUCAACAAAGGGUAUAUAACAAAGUAUUGAGAUACACUUUUGUUAUUGACCAAAUACUUAUUUUCCACCAUAAUUUGCAAAUAAAUUCAUAAAAAAAAUCCUACAAUGUGAUUUUCUGGAUUUUUUUUUCUCAUUAUAUCUGUCAUAGUUGAAGUGUACCUAUGAUGAAAAUUACAGACCUCAUCUUUUUAAACUUGCACAAUUGUUGGCUGACUAAAUACGUUUUUUGCCCCACUGUAUGUCCACAUUUUCCACAGGUGAAAUAGUUUCUUCUCUUUUUGAAUUUGCCUAUAUAUAAACUGCACCUCUGUUCACAUUGUCACAUUCAAAUAAAGUAAGAUAUUUGAUAUCUUCGUGGUUGAAAGGUUGCCCAUCUGAUGUCAGUGAAAUAGAUCAACGCUCUUGUUCAGGGUCUUACCAGUGGCUACAUUUCCAUGAACUUGUCAAGUAUUUUUUUGUUGACAUUUAUAAAGUUUGCAUUGAAAAUACUGCGGCGUUUCCUUUUAACUAUUUUGUCGCUAAAAAAAAACAGCUGGACGUAACGACAUCACACACAAACCUGGUGAAGAAUAAAAAAAAAGUGAUUGAAGUGUCUCCAUUAUCCAUUUAGGCAAAUUGUGCAUUAAUAAAUUGCUGACAACCUGUA